GCGGCUCCAUGGAUACCCCGCAAGCUCCGCCAUUCUCUUUCUGCAACAAGGUUUCCUUGUUGUGUGCCUUGGUAAUGGGCUUGUGCAUGAGUGGCCUUUCAACAUACGCCCUCUGGUACUACACCAUGAGUGAUCCGCUGCUGAACGGCUGCUGCGAGUUGUCCGAUGACCAGUUUCGCAUGCUGCGCGGCAAUUAUUUCAACAUGACGCUGCUGAAACUGAACCGGACGUGGUUUCUCGAAAACAUGCGCGACUGCGCCAUAGUCAUCAACGCUACGCAGCAGCUGGCGCCACAGCGGUGCUGCUCGGAGCGUCAUCUACUCUCCCUCACCAUGCCGAGCGACGCCUUUAAGCGACUCUGCAGCAAGAUCAUGGACUUGUGUCACAUUCGCUGCCGUUAG